CAUCCACGGGAGCAAUCUUGGCCGGCCAGUCAGCGCCAAAAAGUGCACAGCUUCGCAGGACGACACGGCAUCCCGCGUUCCCACGUCCCGUAUAUACAUAUAUGUAUGUAUAUAUAUAUAUGUAUGUGUAUACGUGUAUGUACAUAUAUACACGUCUCUACACGUUUCUGUUGUGUACGGCAACGCAGCUCCUCCGAUCUUUUUUUCCUUCUCUCCUCCUCCUCCCUCCCUCCCCCACCUCCCCCAGUUUCGAAUUGUGAAUUUUCGAAUGCGCCCCGUGACGGCGAGGGUGACGGUGAAGGCGACGGUGACGGCGACCGUGACGGCGAAAGACGGACGGACGCGGUACGCCUCUCGGACGUGUUCCGCCGCGGCACAGGAAUAUCAUCCUUCUCCUCUGUUUUCGUUCGCGGCGCGCUGUGACGUUUGAAAUUCCGUUCGAUGCGCGCCGGUUGCUCCCCGCUCUGCGGCAACGUUAAACCCGUAUCGCGGUAUUCGCAUCGGCGGAGCGCAAUCACGGCUGAGUAUCGGUUUCCUUUUGAAGUGAAGUGCGAAGGACCGGUCGGACGAAUCGAGGAUCCGUUCGACCGUCGCCAUGCUCGAGACAUAGGCGAAGAGACGAAGGCGUAGAGGUGCGAGCGUAGACGCGAUCGUAGAUGCAAUCUGCGUGUUGUGCAGCGUCCCGAUCGUUGUGCACCAUGCGAAGGGAUCCGCGAUCCUUUCGACGAGCGAGCGCAGAUAAAUCAGGUGGUUCCGCUCCGACGAGGAUCAGUGGUGGCAGUAGCUCGUGAAGAGAAACGGAGUGUUGGCCUAUCUCGAGUUCAGACACUACACACACACACGUAUAUAUAAAAAAUCGGGUGGAUUUCUGGUGUGAAAGUGAAAGUGGAAAGGAAGAAGACAAUUUGCUUGGUCGAGAGAAAGAGAGAAAGAGAGAGAGAGAGAGAAUUGCAGACAGAAGAGGGGGGGGAGACAUCGAGAUAAUUCUCGCGCACACAGAUGCGAACCGCGGACACUGAUGUGAAGCAGAGUCGUUCCGUUUGAGGGUGCCGGCUUCUCGACUGGUUUAGGUCUAAGCUAGGCAGCUUAGACUUGGCUGGCAGCAGGAUGAUGUACUCACCGGACAAGAUGAUGGGGAGCAAGGGGCUCCACGGGGCACCGAUCACGGCCCCUGGCUGUUUCCCUUCGGGAAGGUACUCGCCGCCUCCUUAUCGCGCCGCACCGGACCCCAUGCCGCCACCGCCGCGACGCUGUAUGCCCAAUCCCACGAGUCGUAUAUUGGAAGAUGCCUCCAUUAUGUGCAAUUCCUGGUCACCGAGGCAUAACGGUGACUUGUUCGGGGGUCUGAACAGCGGCCUACAAGACGGCUUACUUUCGAGGGCGGAAGCUUUGGCGGCGGAUUUGGGAAAACACAACGCGGGCACCCCAAUGCCUUUGAAGCACGACCCCGUUUCGGUCUAUCAUCAUGGAGCCCACAUGCCGACCCCCCAUCCGAAUAACCGGCCGCAUCAUCAGGUACAUUCACACCUCUUUAUGAGCCAUCCGGGGAUGGAGAGUCUGGACAUGCUGGACCCGGCGAACUCGAUGACCACGUUGACGCCCAUGUCGGAGAACACGGGCGGCGGGCCGGGGCACCACACGGGCAUCCACGGCCCCUCCGUUUACGGCGGCAUGAACGGGAUGAUGGGCCACCACCACCACCACGGGAACCUGGGCGGCGGGGGUGGCAGCGUGCCGCAUCCGGCGCACCAUCAUCCGGCCAUGGCGGCGGCUGCCGCGGCCGCGGCCGCGGCCGGCCUCCACCCGGAUGCGGACACCGAUCCCAGAGAAUUGGAGGCGUUCGCGGAGAGGUUCAAGCAGAGGCGCAUCAAGCUGGGCGUGACGCAGGCGGACGUGGGCAAGGCGUUGGCCAACCUGAAGCUGCCCGGUGUCGGCGCCCUGUCCCAGUCGACGAUAUGCCGAUUCGAGUCCCUCACGUUGUCCCACAACAACAUGAUCGCGUUGAAGCCGAUCCUCCAAGCGUGGCUCGAGGAGGCGGAGGCGCAGGCGAAGAACAAGAGGCGGGACCCGGACGCCCCGUCCGUGCUGCCCGCCGGGGAGAAGAAGAGGAAGAGGACCAGUAUAGCAGCGCCCGAGAAACGAUCGUUGGAGGCGUAUUUCGCUGUCCAGCCGCGGCCGUCCGGCGAGAAGAUCGCCGCGAUCGCGGAGAAACUCGACCUGAAGAAGAACGUGGUCAGGGUGUGGUUCUGCAACCAGCGGCAGAAGCAGAAGCGCAUGAAAUUCGCUGCCCAACAUUGACCCGAGGGUGGCUUGUGACAGCAAAACUGACCGUACCAGUUGCCCAGUCUCGAGCCUAAACCAGAGCCCUUGACCGAGUUCCAGGGGUGGCCGUAAAGGAGAGGAAGGGAGGAAGGGUAGCGGGAAGGGGAUCGAGAAUUGCCAGGAAAAAUCGAGGCAAGGUGGAGGCGGCUGGUUUCUCGAUCUCGUAGUAAGGAGAUCCCGCUGUAAUCGAUGGAUGGCUCGACGCUGUGGCUGUAAGCGAAGUCAAAGACUGUCACAGGCUUGAUAAGAUAUUCGAUAUCUCGCGAUCAUUGCGUGCGAUGCUCUCGACGACGCGUAAUCUGCCGGCGGAUUUUCACACCGGUGACGAUAACCGAUCGCUUGCCCCUUUCGCGAAAUCUCUUCCCAUUCAUUCGAGAAGAAAUUGGAUUCGACGAGAUGCUUAUUGAAAUUUCUAAAAGUCUAUUUUUCGAGAGAGAUAUAUGUAGAGAGAAAAGUGCGCGAGAAUAUCGCGUGGAAUGGCGUGAAAGGAGCGUGACGCGAGGAAAGGCUGGAUCAAAUCAUCUGUAAAGUGAGAUAGAAUUUGCGAAACGUAUCGGCCACGAUCGAUGCGAUAAAAAAGUUUACGAGCGUGUCAUCCACCCUUGAACCAACCUCGUCUGGAAAUCCAGUCCUCGAUUUUUUCCUCCACCUCGAACUUUAUCAUUUCCAAAGUUUAUCUUUCUUCAAAUCCCGUUCGUAACGAAUUGAAACAAAAGUAUGUUUAAAAUUUUCCAAAUACUCUCGCGUACUUUUAAAAAUGAGAAUACGAGAUACGAUUAAAGGAAAUAAUUGGGAAACAAUUGAAUGGAAAAGAAAUUAUGUUUUCGCCAUGUAUAUCUCGUCGCGAAGAGGAUUUUUUCGCGAACAGGUGGAAAGCGAUCGAUCGCAGUAAACGUAAAAUAUCGUCGAAUGCGUCUUGGAAAGUACAAUUCGAAACAUAAAAAUAUAAAAAAGUACGUAUUGUUAUAAAUAAUCGACGCGUGGAUACGAUCGCGCCGAAGAAAAUAAAAGUGAUAUUAAUCCUAAUGAAGACACUCGGUGCAGUGUAAAAAAAAAAAAAAGAAAAAAAAAGUGAAGAGAGAGAGAGAGAGAGAGAGAGAGAAGUGUGCGUGCGAAGAGAGCAAGAGUGAAACGUACACUCGAUAUACUCGAUCCCGGAACGAGAUCUUUUGUCUAAUGUUACGUUGUACGCUCGAAACAUUCGAUCAAACAAUUAUUAUAACAAAUAACAAAUAAUACUUCGAAUGAUUCGAAGAAAGUUUCUCGAUGAAUUCUCCACAAA